AUGAUCGAAGCUACAGGGUUUGGAUCGGAGCCGGAGAGCAUUCAGGAUGACUUCGAGAAGCUCUUUGAUGCCAUCUCUCGGGUACAAUUUGACAAGAUUGACCGGAAGAAGAUCACCAAGAUAAAGGCCAUUGUGGGGACAGCCGAGGAGUUGGUGGACCUGAGCACGCCGGUGAAUGCUGUGGGGAACAUCGAGGACUGGCUGCUGGCCCUGGAGGCUGAGAUGCAGAAGUCGAUCAGGCGAGAGUGCCGAAACUGUUCCCAUGACACUGGUGUUGUUAUGAACGGCAUGUCUCUCAAGGAGUUUGCCGAUCGGUACAUUGGGCAGGUGUCCCUGUUGGGCAUCCAAAUUGUCUGGACGGUCGACUUCCAGGAGGCCCUGAUGAAAGCGACGAGGGAAAAGGACCGGCAGAUCUUGCCAGCUACCAACAAGAAGUUCCAACAGAUGCUCGCGGAUCUAGUAUCGUAUUGUCUCUCUGACUUGGGCUCGAAAAUGAACCGCACGAAGUACGAGACUUUGGUCACGAUCCACGUGCAUCAAAGAGACCUGUUCCAGGAGGUCAUGAAGAAGACAAGGGAACAUAAGGUGAAGGAUGAGAAUGACUUCGAGUGGAUGAAACAGACCCGAUUCUAUUGGAGGACCGAGACGGACCACGCCAUUGUGUCCAUAGCGGACUGCGAUUUCACCUACUCCUACGAGUAUCUUGGGGUGAAGGAACGUCUGGUCAUCACUCCUCUAACGGACAGGUGUUAUCUGACUCUCUCCCAGGCGCUUGGCAUGUUCUAUGGGGGAGCCCCAGCGGGCCCUGCUGGGACUGGUAAAACGGAGACCACGAAGGAUAUGGGCCGAUCAUUGGGUAUAUUCGUUAUCGUUACCAACUGCUCGGACCAGCAUCGAUAUAAAGAUAUGGCCAAGAUCUUCAAGGGGCUCUGUCAGAGUGGUCUUUGGGGAUGCUUUGAUGAGUUCAAUCGUAUCGAGUUAGAGGUGCUCUCGGUCGUGGCCAUGCAAGUCGAAUCGAUCACGCUUGCUAAGAAACAGAACGCCAAGACCUUCUCGUUCCCUGGCGAGGCCAUCCCUAUCCGUCUGGUGCCGAGUGUCGGAUACUUUAUCACGAUGAACCCAGGAUACGCAGGUCGUCAGGAGCUCCCAGAGAAUCUUAAGGUCCUGUUCAGAUCUGUGAGUAUGAUGGUUCCUGAUCGUGAGAUCAUCAUGAGGGUGAAGCUAGCCUCUGUAGGGUAUACCCAGAUGGACCUUCUUGGCAAGAAAUUCAAUGUUCUCUACAAGCUGUGUGAGGAGCAGCUGUCGAAGCAACGACAUUACGACUUCGGUCUUCGGAAUAUCCUGUCAGUCUUGAGAACGGCAGGUGGGGUGAAGAGGAGCGAACCUCCGGACGCAGAUGAGGAGAUGAUUUUCAUGCGUACCGCGAGGGAUAUGAAUUUGUCUAAGCUGGUGGCUGACGAUGUCCCUCUGUUCUUGGCCCUUCUUAAGGACCUUUUCCCUAAGGUGGCCGAUCCACCUAAGAAAGUGUACAAGGAAAUUGAGGACGGCAUCGAUGAGGUUGUCAAGGCUAAGAAGUUGACGCCAUUUGACCCGUGGAAGCUGAAGGUCAUCCAGCUCUACGAGACUAGCUUAGUGCGCCAUGGCUUCAUGCUUGUCGGUCCUACACUGUGUGGCAAGACAGAGAUCAUGACUACUCUCACUGGGUGUAUGACAGACCACUGUCAGAAUGCUCAUCGUAUAGUUGUGAUGAACCCCAAGGCCAUCACCGACUCGCAGAUGUAUGGUAUCAAAGACCCUGUCAGUGAGGAGUGGACCCCUGGAGUGUUCGCUUCAAUCUGGGCGAAGUAUAACAACCGUACGUUGAAGUACACUACGUGGAUCGUAUGUGAUGGCCCUGUUGAUGCUAUUUGGAUUGAAAAUCUCAACACGGUCCUUGAUGACAACAAGAUCCUUACUUUAGCGAACAACGACAGAAUCCCCAUGACCGACAACUGUCGUAUCGUAUUUGAAGUGGAAAAUCUGAACAAUGCCUCGCCGGCUACAGUGUCACGAGCGGGCAUCAUAUACGUCAGUGCCAGUGAUCUCGGUUGGGACCCCCUAGUACAGAGUUGGCUGGUGAAACGGCUCGAUCUUGGGGCCCAUCGUGAGCAGGAGAAGAGCAUCAUUGCUGGCUUCAUCCAGAAUUGGAUUGCUGAACCGGACCUCUUCGACUGGUGGAGACGCAACAUAACAUGUGUCAUGAGCAUCAACGAAAACAUCGUCAUUGUUAACAUGUUGAAUAUGAUUUCUGCGAUCUUGGCGCCUCAUGUGGCGGCCAGCGAGGUGCUUACUCCUGACGCUUACAAGCGUAUUGUUACGUACGCAGUGGCUUGGGCUUUCGGAGGCUUGUUGGAAACAGAAGGGCGGAAGCAGUUCCAUGAGAAGCUACACUCGAUUCAGUCUGCCUGUGGUGACGGCGAUGCGUUGCCACCUCUCGAUGGUGACCAGACGGUAUUCGAGUACGUCCCGAACCGAGAAGACCCCUCGAAGGCAUAUCCUUGGCUGUUGUGGAAACCUGAGGUGUGGAAGCCUCCAAAGAAACUGAACUUUAGCUCUUUGCUGAUCCCGACACUUGAUUCAUGCCGUGCGGAGUUCAUGAUCAAUAUUAUCUCCAAUCUCGAUCGCAGUCGUGCACCUCCCAAUUUCCAGAGUGCACUGAUGGUUGGUGCUAGCGGGCUUUUCACUGGACGAGAGACUCUCUAA